AUGUCUUCCACUGCUCUCCCUAAGCGCGUUGCGCUGCACCGCAACCCGACCACCGAGUCCUCGGUCCCCAGCUCCGUCUCUCCCUCGCCCUUCGACAGCCCCCGUCAGUCGCCUUCCUCGACCUCCCUGUCGUCCAUGGCCUCCGAUGCCGAGAACGUCGGCGGCAAGAUGCUUGACACCUAUGGCAACGAGUUCAAGAUCCCCGAUUACACCAUCAAGCAGAUUCGGGACGCCAUCCCCGCCCACUGCUACGAACGCUCCGCCGCCACCAGCUUGUACUAUGUCUUCCGCGAUAUGGCCAUCCUUGCUGCCGUCUUCUAUGUCUUCCACAACUAUGUGACUCCCGAGACCGUCCCCUCUUUCCCCGCUCGCGUUGCCCUGUGGACCAUCUACACCGUCGUCCAGGGUCUCGUCGGUACCGGUGUCUGGGUUCUGGCCCACGAGUGUGGUCACCAGGCUUUCUCCCCCUCCAAAGUCCUCAAUGACACUGUUGGCUGGAUCUGCCACUCCCUGCUCUUGGUCCCUUACUUCUCCUGGAAGAUCUCCCACGGCAAGCAUCACAAGGCGACCGGCAACCUGGCCCGUGACAUGGUCUUCGUGCCCAAGUCUCGCGAGGUGUAUGCCAGCCGUAUCGGCAGAGCCGCCCACGAGCUGAGCGAGCUUAUGGAAGAGACCCCCAUUGCCACUGCCAUCCACCUUGUUCUCCAGCAGCUGUUCGGAUGGCCCAUGUACCUGCUGACCAACGUUACCGGCCACAACAACCACGAACGCCAGCCCGAGGGCCGUGGCAAGGGCAAGAAGAACGGCUAUUUCGGUGGUGUGAACCACUUCAACCCUUCCAGCCCUCUGUACGAGGCCAAGGACGCCAAGCUGAUCGCCCUGAGCGAUCUGGGUCUCGCCAUCACCGGCGCUAUCCUCUACUAUGUCGGCUCCAACUAUGGCUGGAUCAACCUUCUGGUCUGGUACGGAAUUCCCUAUUUGUGGGUGAACCACUGGCUCGUUGCCAUCACCUUCCUCCAGCACACCGACCCCUCGCUCCCCCACUAUGAGCCCGAGGCAUGGGACUUCACCCGUGGCGCUGCUGCCACCAUUGACCGCGACUUCGGCUUCGUUGGCCAGCACAUUUUCCACGACAUCAUCGAGACCCACGUCCUCCACCACUAUGUCAGCACCAUCCCCUUCUACAACGCCCGGGAGGCCAGCGAGGCCAUCAAGAAGGUCAUGGGCUCCCACUACCGCACCCAGGCCCACACCGGAUGGACCGGGUUCCUCAAGGCCAUGUGGACUAGCGCUCGUGUCUGCCAGUUCGUCGAGCCCACCGAGGGCGCCAUGGGUGAGAGCAAGCACGUGCUCUUCUUCCGCAACACCAACGGCAUCGGUGUUCCCCCUGCCAAGGUUGCCGCCAAAUAG